AGCACUCAUCUACAGUUGCAAUUACGUAAUAUUGAAUAAGAUCGAUAUUUCGGAAUUUAAUGAGAAUCGUUUAAUGUUAAUCAGUUUGAUAUUGGAAGUACUUUGGUAACUCCAACCGUUCAAUGAGAAUGGAAAUACUAAAAUGUGACAAACACAUGUCUGAGGCAUAUGCGACGUAGGAAUAAAUAUUCACGUGAAGAAUGGAAAAACUCUAACAAGGCACAAUAACGAAUCGUUUCGUUAUCAGUAGUUCACUACGGGAUAAGUCACUUUGCAGUGAGCACGAUAUUUUCAUUUUAUAAAGCACCGACAAUUCUUCAGUAAUAGAAAAACGCAAUGGACUAUUAGAAUUAUUGGUGUUCGUUUCACUGCUCUUGACGCUGUGUCUAACCGGUUAUUACAAUACCAGUGGUAUGUAAAUGAUUCGGAUUUACAAAGUCCUUGUCAAUGAAAUUCCAUUCCUUCGGAAGACCUUGUUCGGUCGUUAAAAAAAAAUCGCAGAUUAUCAACUGCUUUUAUCAAAUCAGUAGAUAAUGGAAAAUAUUGAAUGUGAUUGCGUCUACAGAAGUGAUCAUUUUCUGACAUACGGCAAACGAAGUGUUCGUGGUCAACGAUUAAUUGUCAGUGCCUAGGAGGAUACACCCUGGAAGAUCAUUACCGAAAUUAGAAGAUAUGAAAGGUUCUGACGGUUUUUCGUUUGAUCUCACCAAGUGGCGUCAAAUUGUCGCAGCAAUUAUCGCCAAUUUGGCAGCGGUAACCGGUGGGAUGCUGUCAGCCUGGAUUUCUCCAGUUGGUCCUCGACUGAUGGAGAAAGACACUCCAGUUGGUACCGAACCGAUAACCGAGGAUCAAAUCUCAGUCCUAUCUUCAGCAACAGGUCUGAUGUCAUUGAUUGCUUUACUAUUCUACGCAUUGACCGCCGGCAAGAUCAGCAGUAAAAUUCUGGCAUGGGUCAUAGCAGUAUCGGGAAUCGGAGCUUGGCUGUUGAUUCUUUUUGCCGAAAAUUUCUACUACGUGCUGUUCGCCCGUCUCCUAGCUGGGGUUGUUUGCGGAUUGUCCUUCCCCAUGAUGCCAGUCUACGUAACUGAGAUCGCUGAGGACUCGAUCAGAGGUGCACUGGGCAGUCUUCUCUCAUUUGGCGUCAAUGUCGGAACAUUCCUGUCAUUUAUUCUAGGUGCAACUUUGAGUUAUCGUAAUUUUGCAGUGUGUGGGCUGUUCGUGCCUGUAAUAUUUAUUAUUGGAUUCGUCUUCCUGCCUGAAUCUCCAACUUAUUUUAUGCGGAAGGGUCUCGUUGAGAACACCGCCAGAUCUCUGAUGUGGCUGAGGAAUAAUAACCAAGCAAGUGUCGAUCAAGAAUUGAAAUUACUGGAAAAACAGUUCACCCCUGAGUCAACGAAAACUGCAGGUUUCAAGGAUCUCUUCAGAGAUCGUGGAACGAUCAAAACAUUGAUCAUCUCAGGAACUCUUUAUGCGGGACAACAUUUUAGUGGAUAUGCAAUAAUAUUUUCGUAUACUGGCAUGAUAUUUGAAAAAGCCAAUGAGGAAUCAGUUGCUGUGAGUGCAGACGAUUCACUUCUAGUCAUCGCAGGGAUACAAAUUAUCGGAUCAUUGAUAUCAACGUUGACAAUAGAUCAUCUCGGAAGGCGGAAGCUCGUCAUAUCAUCGUGCGCAGGAAUUGCAACCUGUCACGUGGCUUUUGGAACCUAUCUCUUACUGCAAAGUCAAGAGUACGACUUGUCGUCAGUUGCAUGGAUUCCACUUGUUGCAGUAUCCGGUUUUGCUCUCGUUUACUGUGCAGGACUUGGCCCUGGUACAUCCGUCGUCACUUCCGAGUGCUUCAGUCAAGAUAUUGUUGGUUUAGGGAUUUCAAUUUCUCUGGCUACCGAAUUUCUCUCUAAUUUUUCGACGACACUGGCUUUUCCGUUUGUGAGUUCUAACUUUGGAAUGCAUGUGAGUUUCUUUAUUCUCGCGGCAUGCUCAGCUACCACUAUGAUAAUCAUACUCUUUACUCUGCCUGAGACCAAAGGACGAUCGAAAGUUGCCAUUUCUGAGGAGUUGAACCUCAAAAAGAGCAAGAGCAAUGAUCCUUAGAACUGACGAAUUGGCUCUUUCAAUUAUGUUCUGAUGAGAAUUAACGGAGAAUCGGUGUACCAUACCCAGUUGUUUACAUAUAUAUAUGUUUAUUUAUAUAUAGUCGUAAGAAUUAGGAAUUUAUAAUAAAUGAUAUAUGAGGUAGUCAAGGACGAGAAACGAACUCAACCAUUUAACAAUUAAAUGGAACAAUUACAGGAGUGUUCUCUAAAUCAAUUGUAGUUGAGCCAGUUACGAUGAUAUUACUCAACCACCGAGUGACGUAAGUCUGUGAUAAAAACUGUUGUAUAAUUUGUCCGUUGAGGGAAGAUAUUAAGAAUAUUUUAUCAGAUCGUAACUAGAGGGAGUCGGAAGUGAUUAGUCGGCCGAAUUACAAUUGAUCGUGUAUGACGUAUGAGACGUGCCACGAGUGGUGUUCAUGAUGUGCAUUUCAGAAUAUUGUCAAGAUUGGUGAGAUCGCCAAGUUUAAUUUGUGAGAAAAAUCUAACAUUUAUAUCGCAAAAUUGUGAAGUAUAAAAAUUGAUGAGACGAUAGUCGAAGUUUUGUAUUGGACGAGAGUAAUUUGUCUCUGACAUCGAGCAAGAUUAUUCCUCAUUCUCAAAAGCAAUGUGCAUUGUUUCAUCAGAGAAGUCAUUUUCCCAUGCAAUUAUCAUGAAUCAACUGAUCUUUAUCCUCAAAAAGUUGCACAUGCCAUCAGCAACCGUCGGAGCUCGCAUGUGUCUUACAACAAUUUCGCAUUUUGUGGGUCCGUCGUCCCCGCGGUGUUGACAGAAUAGUUCCCACCAUAAAUCCCGGAAUAUUCAGGAAAUCCAAGUACUAAUUAAAUUUAUACAACAAUGCAUGGCAAUCCUUUGCCCAACCUCUGAUCCUUAAUCGCGUAGUAAUCAAAGCUGUCAAACGGCGAAAGGCCCCAACGCACACGUCUCCCAUAAUUCAAAAUUGAUUCACCACAGCAGAUGGCGGUCUCAGGGGAAAAGGGAGAAAGAGGAAAGAGAGAAAGUCAAGGUACAGGUGUCAAUUCUCACGCGGAUAUUCACAUUUCAAAAAAAAUCCACCAAGGAAAAAUAAUGAAUUCAUUGUUCCGCCGUCGUCCGGACAGAUAAAUCACAAUCAAAGAUAACCCAUCACUCGCAACCUCCUCGUGACUAUCUAAUCCCUCGAAACACCGUGGUAACGAGGCGGAAGUUGUCCGAGGUGUUGGAAUCCUCACCAGUAAUUUAUGUAAUUGCCCACAUUGGAGUCUCCAACAUGAAUCCACAGCUCAACUUUCGCUUUAAUCACCGAGCAUUCCAAGUUUAGAUAGCAAAUUCACAUGCGUGUAUCAGACCUAUCAUACACACGUCAAUAUAAAGUACACACUACACUGUACACUUAUCUCGAGAAUAGAAAGAAAGAGAAAAAAAAAAUGUGUAGGCACCCAAGGCGGUUGUUUAUACGGUGCUCGAUCAUUACAGUAAUUAUGACGAUCGCACUGAGUAAUUAUUAUAACAUCAAUAAAUUACAGAAUAAUGUACGUACAUUAUAGGUUUGAAGUCAGACAAGUUGUAUAAUUUAACCGUUGGGGGGCAUAUGCAUUAAUGCAUUGGACGUCGAACGGGCGCGAGCUCUGGCCAACGAUUACCUCUAAUGCCCUGACGUGCUGGCGUACAUUCCCCUCUUCUCCACAAACCCCUUCUGUCUCUUGUUGGCUGUAUGAAAAGUAUACAUUGUGUCCAUUACUCUAUCAUCACCUGCUCUCAUGUCCUAUUUAUCGUCUUAUUGGCAAUUUCAUAAACUCAAUAACUUCUUUAUGUCUUCCUUCAACGAUUAUCCACCAUUUUGUCUUCAAUCAUCAGUUGGACAGUCGGAAUGGUGAUUGCUGUCGAAUGAAAUAGUCAUGUGAAUUGCUGUUCGAUGUUGCACUUCAUGUGGGUCAGCUUGCUCUGUAAUUUGUGUAAUUUAUUUAUUGUUACAGAGAAGGGAACAAAGUACAUUAUUGGGGUUAUAACGGGUGAUAAUAAUUUAUGGAAUGAGGAGGAAAUGUUGUGGCUUUCUUGGCAGGGUACUUGGUUGUUUUGGAGUUGAUAUGCAUGAGAGAAUUUAACAAAGACAGUGUGACUCUUUAUGACGCAUGGUUUUUUUCACUCAGACAGGUAUUGAUUUAUUGAUUCGUUCAGUGUUUUAGUUGGGUGCAGAUUAUUUCCUCGGUAUUGAUCAGAAUAUUUUUAUCUGUCGAGGGUAGUGGCCAACGCUGACGGAUCGAGAGUUACGAAUUUUUUAUGUCGACAAAUAAUUUCUAAUUGCGAGACUCUUUCGUUAAUGAAUAAUCAAGAGUCAAGUUAAGAGCUCAUUAGGAAGCUGAUUAUAACCAAUGGUAGUUUAAAAUUAUCAAAGUUGGAAACAGUUCGGAGUAUUAAAUAAAAAUAGAAAUGUCAUGGCUAAUGUGGAGGCGGUCCCACUUUUCUGUUCUGAAGGAUUCCGCUUAUAAUUGAGAUGUUAGAACAAAUUGAGGCGUAAUAACUUUCAAUGUUGAUACACCGUCUAUGACAUGCACACGAUCUAUUAUUGUAAAAACACAAACACAUGGCGUACUGUAUAAAAAAAAAUGAUUGAUACUGGAUAAUUUGUUUCCCACUACAUAAAUCAGAUUGUAUUCCCACUAUUCUUGAUGGUACCCAACAAAUAGUUGAAUUUGAAAAUAAUUCAUUGAA